UUUAUAUCCACACUCACUUGUAACUUUACUCCUCUCUCUCUCUCUCUACAAAACUCCUUAGGGUUUUGAUUUUUCUUCAACAAUUUUCACAGGUCUUGACCAAAUAACAAGAUAGAUUGGUGGGUUUUUUGAUUGUACCACUGUUGGGAGUCUAAUUUUUGAGCACAAGGAAGAAAUGGAAUAAAAAUCCUAGCUUUCCCCUGACUAUGGUUUGGCAAAUUGCAGCAAAAACCCUAGUUCUUGGAAGAUGAGUUCUGAGUGGGAAUGCCACAGUUUCCGCCUUCUUAGUUUGGGAGGCUUCUGCUGAGUUGACAGAGCAAGGGCGGGUAAAGGAGGAAAAUGGAAGGAAAUGAGCAUGAAUUGAUACUGGCAUGUGUGAUUUCAGGGACCCUUUUCUCUGUGCUGGGUUCUGCUUCUUUUGCUAUACUUUGGGCAGUUAAUUGGCGGCCAUGGCGGAUUUACAGGCAACUUAUUUUCCAAAAUUUUCGCUGGAUCUUUGCCCGAAAAUGGCCGGGAUUUUUACAAGGACCCCAGCUUGGAAUCUUAUGUAGUUUCUUAUCGCUGUCUGCAUGGAUAAUUGUGAUCUCUCCGGUUGUGGUGCUUGUUACAUGGGGAUGCUGGUUAAUGUUGAUAUUGGGGCGAGAUAUUGUUGGUCUAGCUGUAAUAAUGGCUGGAAGUUCUCUGCUUCUGGCAUUCUACUCAAUAAUGCUUUGGUGGAGAACACAGUGGCAAAGUUCAAGUAUGUAUUACUUCGUCUCCUAUACAUGCGUGGAGAACAACCUAUUUGUCUGUGAGGAGGAAAUAUGAAUGUACUCAAUCGUGUUGGUUACACA